AUGCCCUCCCUUGACCGAGAGCUUGAAAUAGCCCUCCCUAAGCUACCCCUCUCGGGGAUGUACACACGGGAAAGUCUUCCAGCUGCGCGACAAUUUGUAGAGAGUGCAAGCACCAUUGAUUCAAUAUUAGCCGUCUCUCCAUUCAUUACCCAUGAGGAACGAACAAUAACUGGGCCGCGCGGAGACAUUCAAAUUUCUAUCCUACAAUCAUCCACUGGCAAAGAGAACAGCAAAAGACCAUGCAUCAUCUACCUACACUCAGGAGGCAUGGUCUUGGGCAACCGCUUCACAGGAGCGACUAUUGCCGCUGCAUGGGUGCCCGAGUUUGGUGCAGUCUGUGUACUAGUGGAGUACCGACUGGCGCCAGAAAACCCCGCCCCGGCCGGAGUGGAAGACUGCUAUGCAACUCUAAAAUGGACCAGCCUGAACGCAGAUUCGCUGGGCAUUGAUCCCAGCCGCAUAGUCAUCGUCGGUUCAUCAGCCGGGGGCGGUCUUGCCGCCGGGACAGUCCUUCUCGCGCGAGACCGCGGUGGUCCUGAAGUUCACGCUCAGAUGCUGCUCGCGCCCAUGUUGGAUGACCGCCAUGAGACGGUGUCGGCGACGCAGUGCGGUGACCAGCUGCCGUGGACGCGGGCGAUUGGCGAAAUGGCUUGGGAGUUUGCUCUUGGUGAAAAGGAAGUGAGGGGUGAGAAUGUUAACAUCUACGCUGUACCUGGGCGCGCUGAGGAUCUGUCCAAUUUGCCCCCGACGUACAUUGAUGUUGGCUCGGCUGAGGUGUUUCGGGAUGAGAGCAUUGCAUAUGCGUCCGGUCUUCUGGCUUCGGGGGCCCUGGUUGAAUUGCAUGUUUGGCCUGGUGCUUUUCAUGGAUCGGAGUUAUGUGUUCCUGAUGCUGCUCUUUCGAAAGCUAGUGCUAAGGCGAGGGAUGAUUGGAUCGCUCGUAUGAUGAAAUGA